UGAGUUUAUUGAUGUUUCUCAAACACAAAAUUCAAGGCAACUUACUGAACGGAGGAGAUGGACUAAAGAUGAAUGCUCUGUGGUAGAUCAUGCAAACAAGACUGUGCAUUUUAACAGACACGGUUAUGACCUUGAAUACAGUCACUUUUAAUUAAAUUUUAAGCUAAUUAUUCAUGUAAAUAAACUGUUUCUUAGAACGUUUCUUUAUAAUAAAGGGAUGGACAGUUGUAAUCGUUAUAGACAUAUUUGACAGUUUUCCAGAUCUAGAUAGAUAACCAUGAACCAGUCACUAGUCUCUCCCUUGAUGUGUGGUCGUGAUUCUUUGUUCCCUGGUUUCUGUCAUCUUCUCAUUAUCGUGCAGUUGAAGGGGUGUUAGGAGGAUCACGGCACAGCAUCAAUGUUAGAGUCCCGGAGAGGAGGAGGAGGAGGGAUGUCCCAUCGCUGGUAAUGGGUGACCACUGGAUAGGAGGGGUUUACGGAAAGGUCUGUUUUAUUCGCUCUCACGCUGAUUUUAUUCGUUCAUCGUUGGCUAUCAUCUCGAAACACAGCGCAUGCAUAUAAGUUCACAGCAGAGUCCCAAGAGACAGAAGAACCUUCUGAGCUUGAGCUGUCAGCAGAGAUCAUGAGGAAGAGCCGGAGCGUUUUAGCAGUGACACCAAGUGAUGACAGCAAGGACCUCUCAGGAUGGCCGUCUUCAGGAGCUACGUUGGGUGUGGAUCUCUGGCGAGGCCCCAGACGCCACUCAGGAACACUUGUGUUGCCACCGUUGUCAUGGAGACAGGCAGAGAGGGCCCGCAGUCCUCAAGAUCACGUUUCCAGACCCACGUCACUGGGGUUCAUUACUCCACCACGUAUAGAUAUCACACCAGUACCGCCUGAUAGUUUGGAGGUGGAGAAUGGCCUCUCUAUCGGCUGCAGUCCACUGGACCAGCAGGUGUCACCGUGCUCCGGUUUGGUCCUUCAUCCCAACAUGGCCAGUCACGGUCAGCGGCGGGAAUCUUUCCUGUAUCGCUCGGACAGCGACUAUGACCUCUCGCCCAAAUCCACCUCUCGAAACUCCUCCCUUGUUGGAGAACAGCUACACAGUGAAGACCUGAUAGUCACUCCUUUUGCUCAGGUGCUUGCAAGUCUUCGCACUAUUAGGAAUAAUUUCAGCAUCCUGACAAAUGUCCAGUGCCCCUCCAGCAAAAGAUCACCAGUCAGCAGUCAGCCGCCGGUGACCAAAGCCAACCUGUCAGAUGAAUCCUACCAGAAGAUGGCCGUGGAGACCAUGGAGGAGCUAGACUGGUGCCUGGACCAGCUGGAGACCAUCCAGACGUACCGCUCCGUCAGUGACAUGGCCUCCAACAAGUUCAAGAGGAUGUUGAAUCGGGAACUGACACAUCUGUCUGAGAUGAGCCGCUCUGGAAACCAGGUGUCCGAGUUCAUCUCCAACACAUUCUUAGAUAAACAGAAUGAACUGGAGAUCCCAUCGCCCACUCCAAAAUCGCGGGACAGAAAGAGGAGGCAGCAGCAGCUGAUGACUCAGAUCAGCGGGGUGAGGAAGGUCACGCACGGCCCGGGUCUCUCCAGCAGCUGCAGUACGGCCCGCUUCGGCGUCAAAACUGAUUCGGAGGACUUGCUCUCAAAGGACCUGGAGGACAUUAACAAGUGGGGUCUGAACAUCUUUAAAGUUUCAGAGCACUCUCACCAUCGGCCACUGACCUGCAUAAUGUAUGCCAUCUUUCAGGAGAGAGAUUUAAUGAAGACAUUUAGGAUCCCAGUGGAUACCUUUGUAAUGUACAUGAUGACCCUAGAAGAUCACUACCACGCAGACGUAGCCUAUCACAACAGUCUACACGCAGCGGACGUGGCCCAGUCCACACACAUCCUGCUGUCCACACCUGCACUGGAUGCAGUAUUUACAGACCUGGAGAUCCUUGCCGCUAUCUUUGCAGCAGCCAUCCAUGACGUGGACCACCCAGGGGUCUCAAACCAGUUCCUAAUUAAUACCAACUCCGAGCUGGCGCUAAUGUACAAUGAUGAGUCUGUUCUGGAGAACCACCACCUAGCGGUUGGUUUCAAGCUCUUGCAAGGGGAAAACUGUGAUAUCUUCCAAAACCUCUCCAAGAAGCAGCGACAGACUCUCAGGAAAAUGGUCAUUGAUCUGGUACUAGCAACAGACAUGUCCAAGCACAUGAGUUUACUGGCUGACUUGAAGACAAUGGUUGAGACCAAGAAGGUGACCAGUUCAGGAGUGUUGCUUCUUGACAACUAUACGGACAGGAUACAGGUCUUACGAAAUAUGGUUCACUGUGCCGAUCUCAGCAAUCCCACCAAGCCAUUAGAUCUGUACCGGCAAUGGACGGACCGCAUUAUGGAAGAGUUCUUUCACCAGGGUGACCGCGAGAGAGAGCGAGGCAUGGAGAUCAGCCCGAUGUGUGACAAACACACCGCUUCAGUGGAGAAGUCUCAGGUUGGUUUUAUUGAUUACAUCGUGCAUCCUCUAUGGGAGACCUGGGCGGACCUGGUGCAUCCAGAUGCGCAGGAUAUCUUGGACACUUUAGAAGAGAACAGGAACUGGUACCACAGCAUGAUACCACAGAGUCCUUCCCCGCCCUUCUUUGAAACGGGAACCGAUGGUGGAGACAAGUUUCAGUUCGAGUUGGAGGUUGACGAAGCAGCCAAGCAGGAUACCGAAACAGACUGUUUAGAGAUACUGACACAUUCGCCUUCGUCCGUCGAGACGUAGCACCUCACUACAAUGGCAUGUUGGCCAUAUUUGAUGACCGAGCAAAGUGGAGGAACAUUAUUCUCCUGCUACCUGAGAAUCCCUUAGAAUACCACUGUGUUUUGGGACCCUGCUGUUGUUUCAGAGCCCAAAAAGGGAGUGAGCCUACACAAUCUAGUUGGAAUUUGCAAGAAUCUAUUCAAGUUGGACAUUGCCAGAACGGAUAGACGGGCAGGCGUACCGAAAGAACCAUGAGCUGGAUUUUCUUAAACAGACAUUACAGUCUGAUCCAAAUGUUGGAGUGGGUUUCUGUGAAGGAGAAAUACUGACCCUCUUAUAAGAGGGGUUUGUACUUUUUUGUAAAAAAAAAGAAUAAUAAUAAUUUUUUGUACUUGUGUGUUUUGUGACUUUUUUUUGUUGUUGGUGGUGUCACAUCCAACUACACUUUUGAAAACAUGAGAAAUGUUGUCGUGCUGAAAGCAAAAGCAUGUGAUUCCCAGUGGUGUAUUGGGAAUGCAGUCUUCCUGAACUCUAGACAACAGAACAAUCUUGUUCUUGUGCCUGCAAACUUUAUUCAAGUAAUACAAAACCUUUAUACUUUGUAAUGAACAGUUUCUCUUUUAAAAGGCGUUAUUAUAAAGCGAUUUUUCUGAUACAAUUAAUGUGACAUUUUAUGUUUUAUCAACUAAAAACACGAUCCAAAGAGUCCAGCAUUUUAGUAGUUACUCUGAAAGGGGUUAUCGGAUGCUGCAUUUACUUCUACAAGUUGUUUGAACUAAAAUGUGUAUUGGCAGUGUUUGUAUCUAACCACCCUAUAAUGAUAAAAAUCCACCUAGAUUUGUUUUUUUUUUAAUCUCAUUAAAAAAAUUUCCCUUUCUUAAAUCAAGCCAAUCUCAGAUGCCUGUCUGUGUGACUUCACAAAAACAGGCUCCUCCCACCAUAGUUUGAUUGGCAGUAGUGUUUCAGCACAGACUGGACUCGUGUCAUACCUUAGUCCCGCCCUGAAUGACUGUCAUCAGUCCACCAUUGUUGGACUGACAAUUCAACCUGAGCUGCUGAAGACGCAGUGGAUUACCUUUGUUUUUGAAGGUAAUGUGCCCCUGAUCAACUUAAAUGCAUCUAUAUCCAUGCAAAUCAUUGGUGAUCAGGUGUGUACAAGUGAGUAUAAGGUUUUUUAAUGAAUCUUUACAAAUUGCCUUUCCUAAUAAUGUGCUAAUUAGAUAGUUUCAUAAUGGAUGAGGCAAAAGUAAACAGUCCCUCAGAGAGUGGCUCAGAAGAGAGGGCGGAGUCAGCACAGCUCAUUAACAUUUAAAGGAAAAUGCUAUAAAACAGCUUUCUCUGAAAAGAGCUGUUUUUGACAGGGUAAAAGGGUGUUGUCUUACACUACCAUUAAGAAAUUUUAACCAAACUAUGUUACAGACGUUUCAUUAAGACCCUAAAGAAUCAUAUCAACUUGUGUAAAAUGGGCAUCUGAUGACCCUGUCAAAGGAAUGUUCUGGGGUGAAUACAGAUUAAGCUCUCGCAACUGUAUUUGAGACGAUUAUGUUGAUUACCAACAGAAAAUUGUUUUUUUUUUGUUUGUUUUUUUUUUACUUCCAUUAUAAGAGCCAUUAUAAGUACAGUAAGGAGCUACUAUUGUAAGUCCCUCAUUGUAUCUGUGAUGCUGUCGAUCAAGCUGCACUAUUAAACCCAGAUUAUUUCUUUGAACCACUUUAAUAUGGGAAACAAACAUCCCAACACUCAAUGGCGAUAUUAAACCAAUUUAUUUUGGUUGUUCUUAUAUACUAUCUAUUUAAAAUGACCUCUGAGUCUGUAAAUGUCAUUAAGAUACAUAACAAAGCAACAAAAAUUAAAAAUUGAAACUUAAAUCCCUAUUAAUUUCUCUUUAUGUGUUUCAUUUCUUAGAAUCUAAACUUUUGAAAUUCACAGAAGAAAGUCAACAAUAAACUUUAAUUACACAAUCACUGAUGUCAAAAAAUGUGCUUCCUCCUGAAGUAUGUUCUCACUGGUCAGGAACGGGAUGUGGCGAACGUGCGUCAUUCUGACUGAGAUUAGCCUUUCGAUUGACCUAAACAAGUAUCUUUCCUAACAAUAUGCACUUUUGCUUACCAUUUGUGUUGAUGCAUUUAAUAAUUGAGAACUAUUAUUCACAGAAGCUUGACUACAUUUUGCCGCAUACAUGUGUAAUUCCCCCAAAUGAAAUGAUGGUUACCAUAUAAAGCUGUACCUGCAAAACUUUGCCUUUUUUACUCAAGUUUGUCAUUGUGAAGCCAAUAAUGAACAUGCACACUCUAGAACAACUGUGAUUUCACUGGGUGAAUCACUGUAAUCCUUAUUAUUAUAUUUAUAACUAUUAUAUACUAUCUUUUUUUAUUAUUAUUAAACCUCUGUUAAAGUUGUGUUGCACAUUUCCUAUUUGUCCAACAAAAAAAGAGAGAUUAAACAGAAAUAAAUGAAAAUGUU